AUGUGCCUCUUUCCAGGUGGAGAGCUCCUAACGAUCACCGGCUCAGACUUUGGCUCUGGAACCGACGGAUAUGUCAUGGUGGGAGAGGAAAUGUGCGAGCCAAGCACUUGGGCCGCUGCUUCCAUUACCUGCACGCUGCCGCCUCUGUCCCCUGGCGUUCACCCUGUCACAGUCUACACCGGCAGCAGGGGCUUUGCUAGCGGGUCGGCUUCCGUCACCUACACGCUGAAGGUGACGUCCUAUUCUUCCGCCACUGGCUCCGUCAAGGGCGGAACGAUUAUGGUCAUCAGAGGCGAAGGUUUCGGCUCGAACUGCUCCUUCCUGCAGGUCGACCUCGGGGACGGCGUCAUGUGCGACGUCACAGAGUGUUCAGACACCGAAGUGACCUGCACGGUGAUGGUGAUGCCCCGAACUCACGUCGUCAAGAACAACGGCUCAAACACAGUACAUGGCCCUGGUUAUGCUUGGAAUCCCAAGCUGGUAGUCGUCAGGGAGGGAGACAGCGUCAAAUGGGAGUGGACCAAGAAUGACCCACUGUCCCAGCUGAUGUACAAUGUAUUCCAGACCAGCUCAGGAGCUGCUUAUGAAUAUGAUGGCAGUGGCUUUAAUUCCGGCUCUCCCACAUCUGCUGGUUCCUACAUCGUGGCCUUCCCCCAUCAGGGAACAUACUUCUACGCCGGCACGCCUAUCGCGAACAACGUUGUGCUCUCAGGAAGGGUUGAAGUCCUAAAACCCGCACAGAAGGCGUACAAGGUUAUGCUUUCUCUUGGGGGCAUCGAGGCCGAGUUUGUUCCAGAUGGAGCGGCUGUCUCCGUCUCCGUGGACGGCUGCGCCCCCAUCCUAGAGGCCGCCAUCGCCGACUGCAACUCCACCGCCCCCGACGCGCCCGACGCCGACGCUCUGUACUUCAUCACCGACAUGUGUCUCACGCCCUCCGUCACGGGCGUCUCCGCCAGUUCCACCCAGAACGUCCCUGGCCUCAGUGGCCUCCAGGUGGCGGGCGGUGCCACUCUGACCCUCACUGGCUCCGGCCUCGGGGGUUCGACGUGCCAGACUCAGGUGUGGGUUGGGGACUCCUCAUGCACUGUCACGGCCUCCUCGGACACCUCUGUGACCUGUGACCUCGACGACUACGACUCCAUGGUCUCCCUGCGGCCCUUCCCUCUGCUGGCCAAUGUGAUCAACAGGGGUAUCGCCUACCUGGACGUACCUGACUUCAAAACAACAGGCCAAGUUAGCAUAGUUCCCGUUGUGACGUCAUUCAGCCCGGUGGAAGGAUCCCUUAAAGGAGGCACAGUCGUCACUAUCCAAGGAACGGGUCUUGAAGCCUUUGACGGCCAGGCCACAGUGCUCAUGGGUUCGUAUCCCUGCGUCGUGAGUGACGUCACGCCCACCGCCAUCGCCUGCACCACUUCGUCGGCGCCUGCGGGAGCUGUCAAUAUGGUCGUCAGGAUCUCUGCCUAUAACAUCGAAGCAGUUAGUAACUUGGCGAGCUCCGUCUUCACGUACUCGGCAGCAGCAACGCCCUCUGUGACCUCCGUAUCCCAGUCCGGAUCCUCGCUCACUAUUUCCGGCUCGGCCUUCGGCACCAACUCCGCUGCAGUCUCCGUCGUGCUCACCUUUACGUCUAGUCGGCGUAGGAGAAGCAUUCCUGAAGAGGUGCCCGAAGACCCAGCCCCUGUUCGCGGCCACUUCUUGGUUCCCGACGAAAGCAACGUUGAGGUCGAGCUGGAUAUGGACGUUGUUCGCGAUAGUUACAAGCCGGUCGUUCAUACCGGUCUCUUUGACGACAUGGGAGCGGACAGCCAUUUCUGGGGCACAUUUACGAAAACAAACGCGAGAAACUUCGAGGAAUCGAAGGCCCUCGGAGCGUGGAGGAUCGGAGGUAGCAAACGCGUCGCAAAGGCAGAAGCGCCUGUCGCAGAGGUGGUGCGAGAGAAACGAGAAGCAUCACAGACCACAUACGAGUGCACGCCAACUUCAGUCACGGACACCACAAUUGUCUGCGAUACGAGCGAUCUCCCAGCAGGCAGCUAUGCUAUUUCACUGUCGGUGGAUGGUCUCGGCGAUGCUUCCGUCGACUCUGGCGCAGGCGCCGUCACCACGGCCGCCGUUGUAUCCACAAUAUCCCCGACGGAGGGCAGCGUCAAUGGAGGCGCCCUUCUUACUAUAUCGGGCUCUAGUUUCACUCCAGGAGAUCUGAAUGUAACCGUGGACGGUCUGGAGUGCGAAAUCAAGACAGAAACCAUUGACACCAUCACGUGCCUCACCCCAGUCCACGCAGCUGGUGUUGCGUCGGUGGCAGUUACUUCUGGAGGAGUUACAACCAACUCGCCAACUGACUUCACCUACGACUCCGCUAAGACCCCUGUCCUCUCCAGUGACCCGAUAUCCCCAAUUGCUUGCUGUAAUGCAAGCAUUUCCUUGUCCGGAACAAACCUGAAACUAGCCACCGAUGAUCCGGAGGUCACAGUCGGCGGAUCGGCCUGCACUGAAGUCACUGCCACUUCCACUACCGUUACUUGCAAGAGUCCAGAACUUGCUUCAGGCACUUACGAUAUCGUUGUAAGAGAUGUUCUCUAUGGGUACUCAAACGUGAUUAGUGUCACCUACAGUUUUUCAGUGGACUCAGUGAGCCCAUCUACAGGAGGCUUUGGAGGAGUGGAGGUGACGCUGACUGGCACAGGCUUCGAUCCAGCCGGCGGCUCCACAGUGACUGUAUGCAAUGCCACAUGUGACGUCACUGCUGCCAGUUUUGGCUCCAUUACCUGUGUUAUCCCCCCCAGGACACCAGGAGAAAGCACUACUGAGUCGUGUGAUGUUGUUGUGACGAACCCCGACGCUACAACCACGACGCUUGUUGACGGAUUCACCUAUGACUCUUCUCUGAGCUCUUCCGUCACUUCCGUUUCCCCCACAAGAGGAGGAACAGCUGGCGGCACCGAGGUUACCAUCACGGGAACUGGUUUUGCAGCAACUGGGAAUGUAAUCACGAUUGGAGGCUCAGUUUGCAACAUCGUGACUGAAAGCAGCACCCAGAUCACUUGCAAUACUAACUCCCAUGAUGGACCAGGGAGGUUCCCUGUCAUGGUUACUGUGCCUGGAAAAGGCAUUGCUACAGUUGACGAGAAUGGAGAGUUCUUCUACAUUGACCGCUGGAGUUCGGUGUUCACGUGGGGCGGAGACCCCGUGCCAUCAGAAGGCCAGCUCGUUGUCAUCGAAAACGGCCAGACUAUCCUCAUGGACGAGUCGACGGCCGUCCUCGGAAUGCUCCUGAUCAAAGGAGGUCACGUGGUAUUCGAUCAGGAAGCGACAUCAGAGAUCAUCCUGCGAGCCAAGUACAUCCUGGUCGUCGAGGGCGGAUCGCUGAGCAUUGGGUCCGAGGAAGAGCCAUUCAUGGGCGAUGCUGUUAUCGAACUUUAUGGCGAUACAAAGACUAUCGAGUUACCUAAUUACGGAGCAAAGGUACUGGCUGUGCGUGAAGGUACCUUAGACCUCCAUGGAGCUCCCAUUGACGUAACAUGGACACACCUGGCAGCCACGGCAGCUCAAGGCAGCUCUACAAUAACCCUCAAGCAGCCUGUUAGCUGGAAGGCAGGAGACAAUAUUGUCAUUGCUACAACUGAGCACAGGUUCAUGGUCAACGAGAACGAGGAGCGCACUAUCGCCUCCGUGUCAGCCGACGGCCUCACCCUCACCCUCACAGAGCCCCUCGAGUUCGAGCACAUCUCCAUCGAGCAGACCUUCGGCACCCACACAGUAGAGACCCGCGCUGAGGUCGGCCUCCUCACGCGUAACAUCAAGAUUAGAGGCAAUGUUAACUCGGACUUCGUUGAAGAGAUUGAGGCUUGCGAUGAGGACUGGCAUCCAGGUCAGUUCAAGGUCCAGUCUUGCUUUAACGGAAGGUUUGGCGAAGAGAUCGGAGGCGCCCAGUUCGGUGCGACGGUCAUGCUGUUCGGCAAGGAGGCCAACAAAGACCUUGUGCAAGGCCGCGUCGAAUACGUCGAGGUCACGGAGGCUGGACAGGCCUUCCAGCUGGGUCGGUAUCCCCUUCACUUCCACUUGGUCGGCAACGUCAACACCUCAUACAUCCGUGGUUGCGCUGUACAUCGUACGUACAACCGCGCAGUGACCAUCCACGCUGCCGAUUACCUCACUGUGGAGAAGAACGUCGUCUACAAUAACAUGGGCCAUGCUAUCUUCACUGAGGAUGGUGUGGAACAGUUCAAUGUGAUCCAGUACAACCUUGCUGUUUACACAAGAAGUUCGUCGUCGUUGCUGAAUGUUGACGUAACUCCAUCCUCCUAUUGGAUCGUGCACCCCAACAACAUCGUGCGCCACAACGCAGCCGCGGGAGGCACUCACUUCGGCUACUGGUACCGACUGGAGCGCCACCCGUCAGGUCCCUCCGCGACCAACUCUAUCUGCCAGAACAACGCGCCCAUUGGAGAAUUCAGCAAUAACACAGCGCAUUCCAUGGGCUGGUAUGGUUUAUGGGUAUUCUCCAUGGACGGCUACUUCCCAAGAGACAAUAUAUGCAGGGGGAGGAAUUUGGUUGCCAAAUGGGAUGGAUUGACCACAUGGAGGAAUGAACGCGGGGCAGAGAUCGUGUCUGGAGGACAACUGCAGUUCCACAACUUUGUGGCUCUGGAUAAUGAAUUUUCCGGCAUCGAAAUGGUGCAGAUGGAUGGUGGAUUUGGAAUGGACAACGGUCCUGGAGUCUUUAACUCGGUGAUCAUCGGUCACUCGGCGCUCACUCCCGAAGGCUGCGGAGAUGAAACUAGCGGAAUCAUAGCACCGAAGAAGGCCGUCUUCAGCAUCGCCGACACCGAGUUCUACAACUUCGAUACCAACAAGUGCACAGCACUGUCAGGGUGCUCUCAGUGCAAAGUCUUCCAGGGAGGUUAUCAAGCACAGGUCAAAGGCCUCACCUUUGUAAACUCACCUAACAAGCUGAAGUUCAAGUGGGAACAUGAAACAGUGUGGAUUGAUGCAGAUGGAUCGCUGUCAGGGGCUGCUGAAAAUAAAGUAGUACCAGACUCAGGUAUUCUGCCCCCUGAAUGUACGAAAAGUGUCUCAGCUUUCUCUCUCAAUCCACAGCAUAUAAUAUUAAAAACAAGUGUUUUAAGAUGUUCGUCCAUAACUCUAAAGGCCCCCGGCGCCGUCUGCACCUCCUCUAUCGAGUUCGUCAGACUCACCGUAAAGGGAACCAACGUGAAGCCGCAGUCCUUCCGAGGCGGUGAUCUGAUCCUCUCGAACAGCUACGGCAACACCACCAUCCCGUAUCGCGUAAAGAGGUUGGACGGUGGCGAGGGAUGGAUGGGGAUAGUGUCCACAAGAGGAACCUAUGACUGGAUGUUCGAAGAUGGGGAAACUCAAACGAAUAUCGAAUAUGAUGCUCAGAGUAAAAAUAUGCUGAGUGGACAGUAUUAUUACGUACAACACCGAUUCAUGCAAACUCCAGAUUACUUCAGGACAACAGGUGUGGAGAGAAACAGCUCUGACACCCUUCCAGACCCGGUUACAGGUUAUCACGGGGAAUACUACUGGGACGAAACCUCAAAGAAGAUGACUUAUAUGGUUUCGUAUAAUAAAGAAUCCAGGAAGAAACGAACCGUCUUUGAUGAGCGAAAUACUGGUCAGACACGAAACAUUGACUUUAAAACAUACGGGUGCAAAUACGCAGGCUGUGUUGCUCCCACGCCUCCGCCCGUGCCCACUGGCCGACCGGAUGUUACUUUCCUGUGGUCCGACGUUGAGACCUGGAAGGAGGUUCCUGUAGGAUCGGGAGGACAUCCGACGGAGGAAGAAUAUGGCCUGCCAGUGGAAGGCGAUGAGAUUAUCAUUCCUCCAGGAAUGUGGAUCAUCGUGGAUACAGAUACCCCAAGCCUCGGCCGUGUUUACGUUUAUGGCGGUUUGGAGUUUGAAGACUCAAGAGAUCAUGUGUUCAGUGCAACCAUCAUUUUCCUGCAAGGUGGAACUCUAGUAGCCGGAUUUACCGAAGACGCCCCCUUCACGCAUGAGCUCGACAUCGUCCUCAGAGGCACCACAGACCCUAAUGAUCCCGACAAUGUUGACAUGCCCAUGCCCGACGGCACACCCGACGUUGGAUGGAAGGCCAUGGGUGUAUUUGGCCAACUGAUUCUCAACGGGCAAUGUCCUUCCACCACUUGGGUCAAACUCGGAGCCACUGCUGCAGUCGGGGAGACUGUAAUCACACUCGCUGAAGCUGUCGACUCGUCAUGGCUCAAUAAAGAGGUAAUAAUCACUACAACCGGCAAGGAGGCUACCGAAACCGAGGUGCGGAUGGUCACAGCCGUAUCUGGCAACACUCUCACUCUUGAUGCUGCUCUCAUCUAUGAACAUUUAGGCGAGACUCAUACACUUUCUGAUGGAACUCAAUACGUAAUGGCUGGUGAGGUUGGCCUUCUCACUCACAAUAUCGUCAUCGAAGGCAGUGACUAUGCAGGGCUGAAUGCAGAAGGUUUUGGAGGUCGCAUCCUCGUUUCCUCGUUGACUGCAGAAGGAGUGGAUUAUCAAGGAAGUGCUCAGCUCUCCUGUGUAGAAUUUAAGAACAUGGGUCAGAAGGACUUCUCAGAAUCCACCGAUCCAAGGUUCUCCUUAGCUUUCCAUAGUCUGGGGACUGACGAUGGUUCCAACUACGUGAAGAAGUGUAGCUUCAACAAGAAUUUCAACAGUGCUAUUGGGUUCUUCAGUUCAAACAACUUCGUUAUUGAAAACAACGUCGUUUACUAUACCGUAGGCUCUAGCAUCGUCGACGAGGGUGAGGACAACACCUUCCGCUACAACUUGGUAUCUCUUUUGUUCUUCCCUGGUACAUACAACGGCGAAUCAGAAGAUCAGUACCAGCCAUGGGAAGGCGGAUUCUACCUCAAUAAAGCCUCUAGAACUGUACUACAGGGCAAUGUUGUUGCUGGAUCUGAGCUUGCUGGUUACCGUACCUAUGGAGAGCUUUGUGAAGAGUCCACUAACUGGGUCGACAAUGAAGUCCAUGGUGCAACAUAUGGUGUUAUGGUAUGGAAAAAAGGAAACCCAGAACCUAUGGAUUGCAGAAGGAUCAAUAACUUUUAUGCAUGGAGAAUCACCGAUACAGCCUUCUACAUGCAAACUUAUGCAAGCAUCCACCUAACAAACGUGGUUAGUGCUGACAACCUUAUUGGAACAAACCAGCUCAUUUACGCUCCACCUGCGUUGAGCCACAUACUUUCAACGAAAACAGCAACUACAGAUAACUCCUUGUUCAUUGGAGCAUCGCCGUCUUAUGACUGUACUUACCACGACUCUCAAUCUAAUGCUCAGAGCUUCUUUGGGAAUCUGUGGACAAAAGGCAUUGAUGGCGGAAAUGCCGGAGUGAUGCUGGCAACCUUUGUCUCAGGACUCAACAUGGCUCCCAAACAUGUAUUUCACGAGGCAUCCAGUUACCCAGCCAUUAAUGGAGCCACAUACAUCAGUAACGUCAAGUUCGCUAACUAUGCCACUCGCUCUUGUGGCAAGGAUGUUGCCAUGAUAUCCAACAAAGACGCAGAUGAUGCUAUCCACCCGGUCUUUGUUAGUGGCCUAACCUUCCUCGACACUUCGGAAAAUAACAAACUCUUUCUAUUCGAACCCAACCUUGGAAGAGUGAACCCUUCAGACUGUGUGGACAUGGACUGCGAUGGCCACAAAAAGGUUAUAAUUACUGACAAUGACGGCACUUUCCUUGGUGCUGCGGAUGCCACUGCCACCUCGCAGGCCGAAUUCGAGUGGGAUGGAGAUCCAAGUCGCGGAGUCGGGGAUUACAGGAUUCCAGUCUCUCUUCGUCAAAAUUCCGAUGGCAGUAUCAUUACAGCGGCGGAAAAGUACCCACAGAAAGGAAUUAUUCGUGAUGACUCUUGCACUCUCAUGACGGAGUGGCGAGCGUGGAAGUGCACGAAUCUUAGGCAUCGCAUGAUGGUCAUUGAGAGCAUGGAUACAGACACAGAAAUUCGUCGCUUGUCUCCCAUUGGUCUUGUUGCAAACCCAGGCGUGAACGGUUAUGUGGACCUGCUGAAUGGGCCGAUGGAUCGUGGAUGGUGCUUCGGCUAUACCUGUCAGGAGAGAAUUUCCACUUUCUAUGCUGUUGUGGCUACAGGACAUACUUACGAAAUGGCUAUGACUAGUACUCCACCUCAGGUCAUCCGAUUCCACUUGCUCCACACGGAUCCCAGCGAGGCCGUUCUUCUUCGCAUGUACUUCCCGAAGAUGCAAAGAUUCGACAUAUCUGUUGACGGCAUCUACGUCCCUCCAACCAACAUUGACAAUUCUCAAUAUCCAGCAAAGUACCAGCUUCUUCCCGAAAGCGAUUCAUUCUUCCCUUCCAUCACUGAUCCUGUAGGAACCAAUUACCUGCAAAGAGAAGAAAAGCUCCUUCACAUCGUCCUACGAGGCGGGUCUGUGAUAGAUAUCACAACGACCCCCACAAUAAUCCUCUCCAUGGGCAUUGCGGUCGACCCUGACAAUUUCUUCGAAGAGAACCUCGUGCAGAAUUUGGCUCUCUUGCUAAAUAUCGCGCCGGAAAAUAUCAGAGUCACCAGCAUCAUCAGCGAGAGUUCAGGAAGGAGGAGGAAGAGGGGAGCUUCAGAGGUCGUCCAGGUAGAGUUUGAGAUCGCAAGUCCACCGAACGAUGCGUCCAAUAGCACGAGCACCAUCAAUGGGACUGAGGCAGAAAUUCUGACCCGUGAAGAUUUGGAGGAGAUCAUGGUAGAAGCUGUGAACACCUUCCAGUCCGGUGUGUGUGAGGUUUGCAACUUCACCAUAAAGACGCUGCUGGUCACCCCACCGUUAGAUGAGCCCGAGGUGCCAACCGGCUAUGCAACGCCAGAAUUCGGUCAGCAAACAAUAGAAAAUGGAACUCUGUACAGCAACUUGCAACAGCAGGAAGACCUGUUGGCACUGAACCAGAGCAUUGAGGGCACUACCUACGAACAGCCUAGUGCCUCUUCAAUAGAACAAGCAGUUCCAAUCAGAGUUAAAGCACUUACUCCAUUUGCUGACCAACCCGUUGUCGUCGUCCUUUCAGAUGAAGGCAAUCCCAUCACUGAGCUGGGCCGAGAGAGCGACCCCUGGAUGAUAACGGCCUUCCUCUCCGGCGGGGACUCGAGGGCAACCCUCUUGGGCACCACGACGGUACCCUACGAGGACGGGGCCGCGACCUUCAGGAACCUCGGCGUCAGCCUCCCGGGCCAGGGUUACAGCCUAUCCUUCAUGGUUACGAGUCCGGACUCGGCGCCAGACCUUUCUGUCUCCCUUAACCAGUCCUUUGUGGUUGAACAAAAGACGAUUAAUAUGAAGAUUGAGGCUCCAGAAUAUAUCGUACUCAACCAAGAUUUCAGUCUCAACAUUGUCCUUAUUGAUGCUGAUACAGGGACUGUUAUGGAUAGUUCAAUGCUUAUAGGUCAGAGAAUUAAUGGUGAAGUGAAGGCGAGCGAAGAGUCAAACCUCAGUGGCAGUACAAUGUAA